AUGGAGUUGGUGUGCACAUGGACACUCGUUUUGAGCUCUUUGAUGUUGGUGGAAAUCUCGUGGUCUCGACCCAUUGAGGAAGAUCAGCGUCUGACUCCUGAUGAUUUUGAGCUUGCUAAGAGUUACUUAAGAAGGUUCUAUAGUCUCAGACUCGGAGGCACAGACUACAGAGGUUCAACACGUAAGAUCAGGUCUGCAUCAGCCAUGGAGCAGAAGGUCAGGCAAAUGCAGAACUUCUUUGGCCUGAGAGAAACAGGAAUCCUGGAUUCCAACACCAUGAAUGUCAUGAAGAAGCCGAGGUGUGGUGUUUCUGAUGUGGACAACUAUAGCUUUUAUCCUUAUCACCCCAAAUGGAAGAAUCGUACCAUCUCCUACAAGAUAGCAAAGUAUACCCCAGAUCUGAGUAGAGAGGAAGUGGAAAAGUCCUUUCGUUUAGCCCUGAAGAUGUGGAGUGACGCAGCUCCUCUGAAUUUUGUUAAGGUCAACCAUGGCAAAGCUGAUAUUGUCUUCACCUUUGCACACAGAGCUCAUGGGGACUUCUCUCCCUUUGAUGGACCUGGAGGAGUGCUGGCCCAUGCCUUUCAGCCUGGAGAGGGGAUGGGUGGAGAUGUACACUUUGAUGAAGAUGAAAUAUGGACGACAGGGGGGCAAGGUUUCAGUCUGUUUGCUGUUGCAGCUCAUGAACUUGGUCACUCGCUUGGUUUGACUCACUCCAGAGACCCCUCUGCUGUCAUGUUCCCCAGUUACAGACAUCAGAGCAGCAAACAGUACACUCUUUCCACAGAUGAUGUCCUGGGGAUCCAAAUGCUUUAUGGCAAACCCAAGAUAGAAGCUGAAAAUCGACCUAAAGUUCCAAAGAAAUGUGAUCCCACAUUUUUAUUUGAUGCGGCUGUGGUGAUCCAAAAUGAGAUUGUUUAUUUUCAGAACAGAUUCAUAUGGAUGAGAACAACAAAGCCGUCUUACUGGAAUCAGCUGAGGGAAGGCCACAUCACCACAUACUUCCCCGACGUAGGUUCUUCUGUCGAUGCCGCUUAUGACAUCCCAGCCAAAGGCGUGGCAUACCUAUUCACUGGUCAUAAGUACUGGGUGGUGCAACAGUUAAAGACACGAGGCACAGCUGGCAACAUCUCAGAGUUUGGUGUCCCGUCCAGUGUAAGGCGGGUUGAUGCUGCCGUUCAUGUUGCAGAAUAUGGGAAAACCAUGUUCUUUGUCGGACAGUUUUAUUACAGGUAUGAUGAGCAAAAGAGGCAGAUGGAUCCUGGCUUCCCUAGAUACAUCCAGACAGACUGGCGUGGAAUCCCGAGAAAGGUUGACGCUGCGUUCAAGUUGCAUGGCAGCAUCUUCUUCCUCAGCGGGUCGAAAUCCUACCAAUAUGAUUUCAGACAGAAGCGGGUGGUGAAGAUAAUUGCAGGAAAUUCUUGGCUGGGAUGCUGAC